UAAAACGCCACUCUUCUCUCCCGCUCCAUGCACCACCGCACCAAGAUCAUCAUCAUCAUCCUCCCCGUCACCAUCUGUACAUCACACCACAUCAUACAUUUUAUUAUAUUCUAUUCUAAACCUUCUCAUUACCCCAAAAAUAAUAUUAUUAAUAACAAUAAUUUUUUUUAAAAAUACUAAUAAAAAUUUGUAAUUCUCUCCUCCUUUUCUACUGAAUCUCUGUCUUCUUCAAGUCACAAAACUGCAACCCCUAUCUCUUUAUCUCUCUGGAAAUGUCUCCGCCUCUCACCAAGCCCACCGCCUCCUUAUUCGCUUCCAAAACGCCGUCGCCUCUCUGCACUUUCGUCUUCUUCCUCAUCCUCUGCAUUCUGGGCUUUUAUACUCUCUACCACCCUCACCCUUAUACUAGAAAUUCCCAAACUGCCCUCCGUUACCGCAAUCUCUUCCUUUCUUACUCUUCUAACUCUACCCUUGCCUCCUACCUCCGUGCUCUCACUCUCCAUCCUCAUCUUGCCGGAACUGAAGCUUCUCUCGACACCGCUAAUUAUGUUUACUCUCAUUUUAAGAAUCUUAAUUUGGAGACGCGUAGGGUAGAGUACAAAGCGCUUCUCUCUUAUCCUAUACACGCCUCGCUCGCCGCGCAUUUUGAUAACGGCAGUGUCGUUACCUUUGCGUUGACGGAGAUUUCCGAGAAAGUCGGGCCGGACGUUGUGCCGCCGUACCAUGCGUAUUCUCCGUCUGGUACGGCGCAUGCUAAGGUUGUCUUUGUUAAUUACGGGCGUGAAGAGGACUACCGUGCGCUGGGGGUGUUAGGGGUGAAUGUUGGCGGGUGCGUAGUUUUGGCGAGAAAAGGUGGUGGGUUGAGUAGAGGAGGAGUUGUUAAAAUAGCUGAAUCUAAAGGUGCGCUUGCAGUGUUAUUGUACGACGAGGGCGAUAGUAUAAGAGGAGGAAUUGAGAGAGGGACUGUUAUGAGAGGUGUGGGGGACCCACUAAGCCCUGGGUGGGCAGGGGUCGAUGAAGGAGAAAGGUUGGACUUGGAAGAUAGCCAGGUCUUGGAGAGGUUCCCUAAAAUUCCAUCUUUGCCCUUGUCAUUUGCGAAUGCUGACGUCAUUUUGGGGUCCCUAGGGGGUCCUAUGAUGCUGCCGGAGUGGAGGAAAUCCGAUCGUCCUAAGGUUGGAAGGGUCGGGCCGGGUCCAACCAUGGUCAACUUCGCUUACCAGGGGAAGAAAAAGGAAGUUACAAUUCAAAAUGUUUUUGGUGUCAUAAGGGGAUUAGAAGAACCUGAUCGAUAUGUGAUCCUUGGCAAUCAUAGAGAUGCAUGGACAUAUGGAGCUGUUGACCCGAAUAGUGGGACUGCUGCAUUACUUGAUAUUGCUCGGCGAUAUUCUCUUUUGCUGCAGAUGGGGUGGAGGCCUCGAAGAACAAUUGUCCUUUCUAGUUGGGAUGCAGAAGAGUUCGGUAUGGUAGGAUCUACGGAGUGGGUUGAGCAAAACCUUGCCAAUUUGGGUGCGAAAGCGGUAGCCUACCUCAAUGUAGAUUGUGCAGUUCAAGGGCCAGGAUUCUUUGCUGGCGCAACACCCCAGCUAGAUAAUCUUCUGCGCGAGGUCACAAAGAAGGUCAAGGAUCCAGACUUGGAGGGUACAACAGUUUAUGAGAAUUGGGCAGCCAGAAAUAAAGUCAUUCGUAUCCAGAGACUAAGUGGAGUUGAUUCUGACUUUGCCCCAUUUCUGCAACAUGCAGGGGUCCCUUCUGUUGAUAUAUAUUAUGGAAGAGAUUUCCCUGUAUAUCACACUGCUUUUGACUCCUAUGAGUGGAUGACAAACUAUGGAGAUCCUUUGUUCCAUCGUCAUGUUGCUGUUGCUGGAGUGUGGGGACUUGUAGCCCUUCAACUGGCUGAUGACUCUGUUCUUCCUUUUGAUUACCUCUCUUAUGCAGAGCAGUUAAAGGGGCAUAAAGAUGUCUUGAGCAAUUUAUUGGACCACCAAAGCAUAUCCCUUAAUCCUUUAAUCACUUCAAUACAAAGACUUGCCUUGGCUGCUAAAGAGGCUGAAAAUGAAGCAAAGCAACUUAGAUGGCAAGAAAGUAGGGGUGAGUUUGUAGCCUUGAAGUUACGUGGAUUAAACGAUCGCUUGAUGCUUGCUGAAAGAGGCUUCUUAGAUGCAGAUGGGCUGCAAGGAAGGAAUUGGUUUAAACAUCUCAUUUACGGGCCACCGGGUGACUAUGAAAGUAAACUAGAGUUCUUCCCCAGUAUAGCAGAUGCUAUUUCUCGAUCCAAGAACAUUGGUCGACAGGAUGGUCAGGCAGCCAUUCAGCAUGAGAUAUGGAGAGUUGCCAGAGCCAUUGAAAGGGCUGCUGGUGCUCUUAAAGGACAACUCACCUAAAGAUUGGUGGAAAAAGCUUGCAUCUAAACGAGGCAUUAAGUUGUAUAUAUGAGUUGUAUAUUUCUUUCACCGUUUAAUGUAUCUGUCUGAACAUUCAUAGUUCUUGUAAAUUACAUUUCGGAAUCAAUGAAAUCUACAGUUAAUUUUUUCCGCCUCUA